CCCCGAUCCCGGUCCGCACACUGCUCAGAUCCUUGGCUGUGUCCCUCUAACCGCCUCGCUCUCUGCCUCCGCCAGGAUGGGCAGCUUCUCUUCAGCGCCGUGCGUCGUGAACCCCGACAACCAGGACGACGGCGUGCUCGUGGACCUCCCCGGCGGCCGGCGCGCCACGCACGAGGACGUGUGCCGGUGGUGCGAGCGGCAGCUGCUCGGCACGCCGGCGCGGCUCCUCCCGAGGACGAUGCAGGCCGUGGGCGAGCCGGGCGCCGCCAGCCCGGCCCGGGGCGCGCGCUCGCAGUGGCGGAACGGUGACGACUCGAACACGAUACGCGUCAUGCAGUGGAACGUGCUCUCACAAGGUAAGCGCCAUUGCCUUGGUUCAACGGGAAAAGUCCGAGGGGAACUUCUCUAAAGAAAAAAACAAACAAGAAAUGAUCAAUUUUAAAA